AUGCAAGCAGUAGGGUUAUCAGUUUCAUUUCCAUAUUACAAUUCCAGAUUUUCAACCAAUGCAUCUCCUCAUCCACCCAUUCACCUCAAUUUCACUUAUGGGUUUUCCAAAUCACUUACAUACAGUGACAGAAUUACUCGUCGGAAGAAUAGCUAUGUCAUUCGAUCCCAAAAGAAUCGUGAUGAUAAUGAUGAUAACGAUGAAUUUUACAUGAGGAAAAGCGUUGAGCUUGCUAGAAAGGGUUUGGGGUAUACAAGCCCUAAUCCGUUAGUUGGAUGUGUUAUUGUAAAAGACGGUCAAAUUGUUGGGCAAGGUUUUCAUCCUAAACCUGGUCAACCUCAUGCUGAGGUUUUUGCUUUGAGAGAUGCUGGUGAUUUGGCUGAGAAUGCAACGGCGUAUGUCAGUCUAGAACCUUGUAAUCAUUUUGGGAGGACUCCGCCUUGUACUGAAGCUCUUAUUAAAGCUAGAGUUAAAAAGGUUGUUGUUGGGAUGGUGGAUCCGAAUCCUAUUGUGGCUUCCAAAGGGGUGGAUAGAUUGAGAAAUGCUGGAAUUGAAGUUGUUGUUGGUGUUGAGGAAGAAUUGUGUAAGGGCCUCAAUGAGGGUUAUAUUCAUCGCAUGUUGGCCGGAAAGCCUCUCCUUACUUUGAGGUAUUCUCUUUCUGUCAACGGAAACUUGUCGGAUGCACUUGGGAAUGGAGUAACUGACUCUGGUGGAUACUAUUCUAAGCUAUUACAAGAAUAUGACGCAGUUAUACUAUCUUCUUCCUUAUUCGGCAAAAGUUUGUCAGUAGACUCAGUACCUUUAUCUCAAGAACCUGGAGUCAAUCAACCUAUUCGGAUUAUAUUGCAUAAAGGUUCUGGUUCUUCAAAUCAAAUGCCAUUAGUCAUCAAUGAUAGUAAAGUGAUAAUCUUUACAGAUAGUAGAACAGCAACAACUACUGAAGAGGCUCAACAAGGAAUUGAAACUGUAUCUGUGGAUCAAAUAAAUCUGGAUGUGAUAUUGGAUUAUUGUAAUCGUCAAGGAUUGUGCAGUGUUCUGUUAGAUAUGAGAGGGAAUUUCAGUGAACAUGAAGAGCUUGUUAAGGAGGGUAUUAAGAAGAAGUAUAUCAAUAAAUUUGUGACAGAAAUUUUGCCAAUUUGGAAUGGAUGUAAUCAGAAUGAUCCUUUAUUGCCAUUCAAGAACUUAGACCAGGGAGUAAAAGUGGAAAAUUUACGCCCGAUGGCAUCAGCUCAAAGUGUUGUAAUUGAGGGAUAUUUGAAUUUUAAUUGA